GUGACAGUCGCAUAUUCUCAUCACAAAAGUAAACGCCACAAAGUGAUCAAUUGAAAAUAGGAGUUCUUGCAUACCGGGGAACUUGAUCAGCGCAUCUCAUUUAUAGCAAAGCAGAUAAUUUCUAAGCUGCAACGCAACCAGCAACUGCACAGAUAGCCAACUACAAGGGUGGCAUACACCGACUUCAACAUGGCGACUUUAUCGACAUUCCAUUGGAACCCCGCGCGCCUUCUUCAGGAGGAUGAUACUACAGAUAGCUAUGCUCUUCUGAUCCUCAAUCAGCCCCUCAAAAACAGCGCCAACCUCAGGCGACUUUGGAAGAAUGCGGCUGUUCGAGUGGCUGCUGACGGCGGCGCAAAUCGUCUACAUGCCAUUUCAACAUUUCAUGGCAAAUUUGCCAAUCUCCAAGUCAUCAUUGGUGAUCUCGACUCUCUGACCCCCACUGUCCGUCAGUUUUACACUUCUCAGCCAAAUGCUACUGAGGUGAUUAAGGAUGAUGAUCAAGAGUCGUCCGACUUUGGCAAGGCAGUUGCCUGGAUCAGAAAGACACAGCCCAGCGAUACUGACACCGUUGUCAUUGGUGGUAUCGGUGGUAGAGUUGACCAGGGUCUGAGCCAACUACAUCAUAUUCACCUCUUCCAGAAAGACCCAACAUACUCACAAGGCCGCAUGUACCUGCUUUCCGGAUCCAGCUUCACGUUCUUACUUAAACCAGGCAAACACGAAAUCAGGGUCAGAAACGACGGUGAAGACGACGUGUUUGCCAAAUACGUUGGCAUCAUCCCCCUGGAAGGCCCAAGCACCAUCUCUACUAAAGGUCUCGAAUGGGAUGUUACAAACUGGGAUACACGCAUCGGUGGUCGCAUCAGUACCAGCAACCACAUUCUACCAGAAACAAAGAUUGUCGAGAUUGAAACGACUCACGACGUGAUUUUUACCGUCGCUUUACGCCAGGGCGACAACGAUGACGAUGCAUGAACUCUAAAACCAGGACAAAACAACUAAAAACAAAAGGAAUUUUUGGAUAUAUUCUGAAGUAUAUUAAUCAUUACGACCCUGUUCCAUUGACUGCAAACCGAUAUAACGCCGCGCUAGAUGCUCUAUGUGCCCAUUUUUAACUUUCGUUUCUAUGCCACCACUGCCACAAACAUUGCUUAUCGCAAGUAGUGCAAAACGAGCCAGCAAAACAGGAAGAAGAUCACUACACCAGCGUAGAAAAUCCACUUGUCUUCCUUGGCCCGGCGUUCCACCAUGCGGAUCGUCUCACCGCUGACGCCAAGAGUGUUGGCAACGCUGUAGAGUCGCUUUUGUGUGUUCUUCAGCAUCUCGCGCUGCUGACCCAGGUCUCCCAGCACGGCCUGGCCGCGGGCAAUAUAGUCAUCAAGAGCCUGGUUUGUGUUGGCGAAGAAAUUUUGUUCUCUAAAGGCGUGUGCCUCGCGCAUUUCGUCGCCAGAGCCGGUGCUCAUGACGUUGGACGGUUGGGAGCUCUGGGGGAAGGCGGGGUUGCUGGUUGUGACAUUUGCGUAUGGAUUUUCGGGUGUCGCAUUGUACGGCCGACGGCCAAGAAGUUCGGCUCUGUUGUUCUGAUGCUGUGCCUCCUCGCGCGCCUUCUUGAGCGAGUCCAUUUGGUUGCGGAAGCCGGACAGAUCCUCGCGGAAUUUCUUUACUCUGCUGAAGGCUUCUUCCUGUUUCUUAGGAACGAUUUCCUGGCGGGCAAGGCUAUUGUACUCGUCGAGAGACUUUGUGAAUGACGCUAUCGAAGCAGAGAUGUUGCCAAUCUCGCCGGGUGUUGCUUGACCUUUGCUUUCCAGCUCGCCUAAGUCAUUGCGGAUAGACUUGCUC